GUGCGUGACGCCAGCUGUGAGCGCAAGCGUGAAACGAAACCGCCGCGCCAGUCGUCGCCUGCGUCAGGCCGGUCAGAGGCGCUGGAUUAACACGCGCAUCUCCGAAUGCAUUCGCCCGCGAUGGAUCGCUAGAAAGCUGUCGUGCCGCGCGUGCCGCGGACAGUGCACACCAGAGCGACGGGCAACGUACGCACCUCAGAGUUCGAGCCACGGCUCGGCGCCAACGGCCGUUCGAGACUACGGUACGGCGCCGCCGCCGGAGUUCGCGAAGCGCUCCUGCUCGUUGGACCUGUGGUGCGAGGCGGGCGGCGGUGAGGAGCAGCGGGUCGGGAUCGUUGCGGUGCGCGGUUCUUGAGUCGCGAAGGAGACGUGUCUGCCCGGGAGGCGGACGCCGGUGCAGCACCAGCGAGAGUGCGCCAUGACCGCGCCGCGCUCGCGGAGAGCACGGCCGCGGAGGCGAGCGGCCCAGAGGCGGGGACCUGGCGUGCACCGGGUCCCCCGGUCCCGGCACUGACGCUGGCUGGAGCGGCGGAAGAGGCGGCUGACGGCGAUGCGACCUCACUCAAGGCCUACAUGGAAGGCGUCAGCAGGCGGUUGACCCGCACGCUUUCGACGCCCAAGCGCUGCUCCACAUGCAACAAGAUGGUGUACUUCACGGGCAUCCGGUGCAAGCAAUGCGGGGCGCUUUCGCACGAGUCGUGCGCCAACCACAGCCCCCACUGGUGCUCGCCGGUCACCGUUGUCGACAUGGGACGCCACGGCGCCGCGGGAACCCACCCACCACAGGAUGCAGCCGAAGACCGCUGCGAGGAGUGGCGCUUCUCGAGCGUCGGCCACGAGGUACUCACCGUGAGCCCGCUGAUGGGCCAGCCGUUCCUUUUCGGCAGCGGCGAUCCCGGCACUGCGGCGCCCGCUGCUCAGCUGCAGCCGGCGCUGCCGUCGGCGCCGCCCCGCUCCCCGACGCUGGCCGUGACGGGACUGCUGAAGGUGGUCCACUGGCUCUCCCAGAGGCGCAAAGCUACGCGGCCUAACGCCGGCAAGCAGCACGGCCGCUCACGGCUGGCCGACGAGCAGCUGGCGCGCAAAAAGCACAAGGUCCUGAGCUCGCACCAGCCGGCCGCGGUCACGCCGCCCUGCACGUGCCACACGCGCAAGGCUUCGUUCGCUGCCGGCAUCCUGUCGCCCAACGGCAGCCUCUCGUCGAGCGGCUACAUCUCGUCGUCGGCCUCGUCGGCCGUGCAGACGCCGUCGGACACCGAGCUCGACUGCCGCGGCGGAGCCCGGGCGCACCUCGAAGGUGGCCACCCCUGCCGGCUGCACUCGACGCGCGGCGCCGGCCUGGUGCGCCAGAACGCGGUGAUCAGCGAGCACGGCCGCACGGGCCGCCAGUGGCUGGCCAACAAGGCCCGCACACUCAGCCUCGAGACCAAGGCCAACGACGUGGAAAAGCUCUGCGCUACGUGGCCCCCUCUGGGAAGGUCAGCUGGAAAUCCUGCAGAUAACUUUCCUGAAGAACCAGAGUCUGGCAUUGAAGAGAGUGAACAGGAAGACAAAUCAAAAAAUCAGAGCACCAACAUCAAGGACACGUUAGGUGAAUGGUGUGUGCCGUACAAGGAUGUGGAGUUCAAGGAACGGCUACGACAAGGCAGGGAGACAGAUGUUUACAGGGGACGUUGGCAUGGUGAAGUCCUCAUCUAUACCUUUCGACACACCAAAGAACAAAAUGUUAUGAGAUUUUGGGAGGAAGUUGGCAAACUCAGCAUGAUCCGUCAUGAAAACAUUGCUCUUUUCAUGGGUGCAUGUGCAGAACCACCACAGUAUGCCAUCAUCACCAGCAUGAAGAAAGGCCCAUCACUGUUUGAACACAUCCAUAUCAAGAAGCACCACCUCUCAUUCCACACCAAGGUCAAUAUUGCAAGACAGAUUGUGCAGGGCAUGGGCUACUUGCAUGCCAAAGGCAUUGUGCACAAGAGCCUCACCUCCAAGAACGUGAUUUUGGAGAGCCGAGUCAAGCUGUGCCUCAUGGAUCAAGGUCUUGCGGAGAGAGUCCAUGACCUGUCUGAUCGUGGCUGCCUUGCACGGGGCCAUCUCACCUACCUGGCUCCUGAACUGAUGUGCCAACUGAGAGUGGAGCCACCAAAUGUCUUCUCAGACUGUGAACCGUCACAAGAGUCUGACAUUUACGCCUUUGGGACAAUCUUGUAUGAACUGAUUGCUGAAGCCUUCCCAUUUGGCUUUCAACACCCACACUCAGUCAUUUGGCAGAUUGCAUCUGGGCAGCAACAGCCGCUGAACCACCUCCAGUGCACUGGGAGCUUCAAGACACUGAUCCAUGAAUGCUGGUUCAAGGCUCCUGAAGCUCGGCCCUCUUUUGUCACGAUUGGACGACAGCUCCAGGAAAAUGUGACUCUCCACAGAAAGCACAGUUCCUCUGAGCCUGACCGCUUGCACCAUUCUGGUCUUGCCAUUGGCCGACAGCCACUGUGUUCCUAACUGACCCAUGUCUACACUUGCGUCACCUGGUUAUUCUCCCACUUCAAGUACUACAGUCCAUUAUCCAAUACUCCAUGGCAGUGCUUUACACCAUCGUCGCAAUAAUUGUGUGGACAAGCUGUCUUCUUUGCAAGUGGUGGAGGACUAAGUAAUAGCACACCGAAACGAUCAAAGAACUAUUUUGUGCAUAAGCUGUGAACAAACAGGCUAGAGCUGCGGCCUGCUUCAGCCUGUGUACUUCUAGGAGAUCUCAACUUUCACAUGGCAGCUGGCUGCAAUCCAGUACAGUAGAGAACAACAUUCCAAUGCGCACGUGCAUGAGAUUAAGUUUUUUUUCCUUUCUUGCUUGUUUUUCUUUCUGCAGAUAUCUAGUGUGAAGUACCUGAAAUGAUGCAGUGUGGUCGACUAGACUUCUGGAGGAAUGUGGGCUCUUCCAGCAACGAACAUUUAUAUUGAACUCCCAGCUACAAUGGGCAGUUAUGGGUUCUUGCGGGAGCCAAAGUGAACCACUGAAACAUAGCAGUUUGCAGAAAAAAAAAAAAAGUCAUAUGCUAAUGUGUAAGCUCUGUUGUACACGCUUCAUGUAUUUUGCUGGUUGUUAAUUGCUCUGAGCUCCUUGGUAUAAAAUGAGUAGAAUCAUAGUCUGCAAAGCAGUUAGUAGCCAAAGGCUGUACACAUCUCCCGGAAGGCAAAGCUUGCUGGCACACCACUCCAGCAGGACUGCAUGAUGUUGGACUAGAGCAUUAUGAUAACUAGAGCAUUAUGGUGCUGAUGGCACAAACACCCUGCCUCCAUGAUUCAAUUUCUUAUAUUGAGGCAGGCUUUUACCUACACUCUUGCAAGUACUAUUAAGACCAUAACAAUACAGCAUUUACCAAACUUGAUUUAUUUUACCACACAAUUUACAGCUAUCUUUUUAAACAAUAAACUCAAUUGUGCUAUCAUGACAAAUUUUUUAGGACCAGUUUAGAGCACUUUGUUGUUGCUUUCCAGAAUCUCAGCUGUUAGGUGCACUGUUAUUGGUUCUUUUGAUUGUUGGUUCUUUUUGAUUUUAUGGGGUUGGUGUUGCCAGCAAGGUUAGUUCAGCAGUAAAUGUAUGAAAACAUUUUUCAGUCCUCUCUGUCUAGUCAGUAACGUGUACGAUGUGACCACUGGCAUCUCCAUGCCCUCCAGAUGUGUGAGGAGGAAGGGGGUCACCAGCGUAACGGCUGUUUUAAGCUGUUUUCACUUGCCUUAUAAGCGGAGCAAUCCAAAGAACAGCAUGUACAUAAUGUUUAGUGUUCUACACUUCUCUGUGUCUCUAUGAGAGAGCUGAAGUCAUCAAAGCCAAAGAAAAGUUGCAGUUUGGUCCACUGCUAUUGCGCUCUAGUUUGAGUCUCGCUACAGAAUUUGAUAGGGUGGCAGACAACAUUCAUACAUGCAAAGUCUGUUGUAAACCACUGCUAGAGCUGGUGCAUACUGUACACACAGCUUGAGUGCUUGCAAAGUUUUAUUACCUCCAGUGAUAUUAAAUAUUCAUCUAGCACUUAUGUUGCAUUAUGACGUAAUACUGCAGAAAAAUUGGCCUUGACAUGAAGCCUCCAAAUGUGGGCUGCAGUAUGGACCAAACAGUGACAAGUGACUUUAUAAUGUGUUCCCAGUAUACCAGUGUACCAUUCCACACUUAGGGUGUUGAAUGUUUUCCAUCUGUCUUGAAAAGAACAGGAACCUGCAGACUUCAUCAUCUAUGUCAUGAAUGGCUCUCAUCCUUUUUGUUGAAUUACAGUGUGCCAAUGUAAAGUUGUCAGUCAUCAGUCCCAUAUGUUUUUGUUGAGUUCUGCGAUUACCCUGUGCUUUUAUUAUCUGUAGUCUGUUUGCUUCUUUCUGUUAAAUGUUUUGUGAUGUCGAGGUAAGAAGCAGUUAGUCUCAGGUGUAUUAGUAUCAAAACUCUUGCUUUGUAUUAUUUUACAGAAUGACUGUUUUAAGGUAAUUAGAACAUUGUUAAUGAGCUGGUACACGUGUGCUGAUAAUACUACUGCUUGCUUUCACAUGUCGAGUAACUGUUGCCAUGAGACUUGACGACUGUAAAGAACAAAAUUGUUUGUUGUGUAUUGUAAAUUGGUCAGUGCUGUUUGUACAGACAUGAACCUAGUGCAGGUUCACAAAAACCUCUUGGGUAUUGUGUGUGGCUCAUUUAAAGUUCAGUAUUCAGAAUAAAGCAGCAAGUGAGUCCAGUUGUCCAAACACAGUCGAAAUAUGCAGAAAUACUCCAAUUAGGUCAAAGAUGGUGUAUUAUAUGGAGAGCACAAUGUUUUGAAUCUGAGGGUAAGUUGUAGUGCAUAUAGACAUAAUUUUCCACAGCGCUGCAUUUUCUUUGCAGUAUGACAUCAAAGGAGUAAAGACUUAUGAAACAAAUCCUUGAAAUGCAGACAAUACGAGGUGCAAAGUCUAUGAACAAGUGUUCAGGUGAAAGAAUAUUACAGUGGCCGUAUUUAAUAUAUACUAGAAGAAGCUUCAUAUUUAGGCUAACUACAGGACCAAUCUUUGUUGUGAGCAUAAAUGUGACAGCAAACAAAAAUAUUCUUCCUGGCUGUACACAGAAGACACUAGUCAGAACAUUGCUCUUGCUUCAGACAGCAAUACAUUUGAUGCACUAGACUUGCACAUUGCAGCUAUCAGCUGCUUUGAAACAGUUCUUCACAGCUGUUGAACUAAGAGCAGAGAGAAAGCUGGUUAUAUGAGAAGCAUCCUGAACAUUCUGGAGAAGCAUCUAAAGAGCAUCUGCAUGCCCACUCUUAUUCUGAUGAAUGCAAGAUGUGUGCUGUCAAUCUUCCCUGUGAAUAGAGCUGUGCAUAUUUUACUAUCGAUGCCAUGACACAAGAGCAAGUGAGAGUCCUACCUUUUAUAAGUUUGAAUGUUCCCAGUGUUUUACUGUAAAUAAAGUUGUGCUUCAUGCUGUG